AUGUCGCGAAGAAGUAGACGCAUUCAAGGAAUAGAGCCUGAAGUGUCCAAUGAGGAAGCACAGCGGAUUGUACAGCAUCGGCAGCGGGAACAGCAAAAGAAACCCACAUCCAGACCCACACCCAGACCCACACCCAGCGCAGGACCAGCUCAAGCUGGUAGACGAGGACGAGGCCAUCAAGGAAAAACACGCGGACGAGGUCGUGGUAGUGGCAGUGGCUAUCAUGCAGGAGGACAGUCACGACAAGAUUCUACUCGAACGGAAGAGCCAACUGCCCAGUCAUCUACCGGUGCAGCACCCCGGGAGGACGAACAAGUGCUUUUGGAAGCCGCCAGGAACAUUGCAUAUCGUGCACGACAAUACCAACAGGCAUCGUCGUCAUCUUCAUCUGCUCCUCCAUCGUCACCAACACACAAGGAAAUUAUUGGUGUGCUCAAACAGAUCACGGGUCGUUUGGAGCAGCAGCAGCAGCAGCAGCACGGACAGGCAUCGUCAUCCACUAUGGAACAACAAGGAUCCCCAGUCUCUCCUGUCCUCGGUAAACGCCAGCGAGAUACGUCCAGAGAAGACGAAGAAGAUAAAGAAGAACAAAAACGGGAAAAUCGGGCACAUCAUCGACACCGUAUGCUGCAAUUGUCCGAGUUUUUGAAUGAGCCUACGCAGCUGGCCAGAAAAGCCGCCGUCGUUUUAUACCAGAACCGUAUGGAGCAGGAGUUGGAGAUAGCAAUCGAUUAUAUUUAUAAGUUUCUACGAACAGGAUCAGGAGGACGGAACCGAGAUCCAAGAAUUGUCCGAGAACGUAUGGCUUUCUUGAGGUUUUGGGACACGCUUAUCAGGGAUUAUGAAUUGACGAUCGCGACGCGACUUCACUCUAUGUAUGAGUACAAAGAGCUCAUUUGGAAAUGGGAAGAUAUCUAUAACGAUUGCGUUUCCUUGGCCAAUACACCCAUAGACCCAAAUGAUAGCGUUGGUCACCAAGUUCGUGUCGCCCGGUUCGUGUCGCGUGCGAAGAAGCUCAUCAAUGAUGACGUGUAG